AUGGUUGAAGGCUCGCCGCCCUUAAUGCUCACCGCCGUGGAAGGUCCGCCACUGAUCAUCGUUCUCAAAGGCUUUGCCACACUCUAUCGUCGCCAAACUGUCGAAGGCUCUACGACCAUCGUUAAAGGUUCUGAGAACAUUUCUCCUUUAGCGAGAAGCAAAGGCAUAUCACUCUGCAAACCAAAGAGAGAUACAACUGGUCUGAGUUCUGAAAAUACGGAGUUGAACCUUAGGCUACAAGCCAUGAAACAACAAGCUAAGUUGUGUGAUGCUCUAAAUGAAGCACUGAAGAAAGAAGUCGAUAGGCUGCGGAUUGCAACAGGAGAGAUAGCGAUGCCCGCUGAUAACUAUGGCUUGGGAAUGCAUCAGCUUACAUAUUCUCAAGGACCGUUCUUCUCACAUCAUUCACCACAUGGACAGAAUGCAUUUCAGGCCACGCAAAUGCCACAUAUGCAUUCACUCUCAUCUAAUGUGGCUACUUAAUUUGAUCUAGACAUUUCCUAUGAUAUGUCCGAAAUGUUGUCCAAUGAAUCUAUCGGGCAGUUUCAGGGGUUGGGCAUAGGCAACGGGGUUUCUCAGGUUCUGAUGCCAGAUUAUUCCUCCAAUUUCUGUUAAUAAAAAUCAGCAAUGCCUUUUGGUUCAAAAUUGACUGACCAACAUGUCACCAGCCUUUUUAUUCGAGUGGUCAUAGACGGGCUUGAGUGGGAUCUAAAGGUAUUAAUUUAUUUUCUAUUUAAUUAUUUAUUUUUUA